AUGAGCGAUAGCAUUUUUGAAACCAGCCAAGGAAGAAAGCAUAAAAGAAGCGUUUUUAUUAAGCAGAAUAUGAUGUUGAAGACUCAUCAGAGGUUCUUUCUCUCUGAUAGGAAGAACAGAAGGAGUAUCGCCCCCGUAGACAAAGAUCCUCUCUCUCGUUUAAAUCUCAGUAUCAAUAGAAGAGUUCUGAAGCAGAGAACCCAUAAGAAUAAGAUCCGAAGGUGCCAACAAAGUUGUGAGCCUCAUUUAGAUUUUCAAAAAGAUUGGAGAAAUGCUACAUUUCACUUGGAUAUGGGUGACGCUUCCUUUGCUAAUGAGAGCCAGGAAAGAGUAAGUUGUAUUUGUAGAUUCGAAAGAGGCAAUAAUUUCUCUAUAGUCAAAGCCAAAUGAGUUUUUCUCUAAUGAGUUCAUCCUGAAUUCCUUCAAAAACUCUGAGAUGGUGGCAAUAUCUGGUCAAUUUAGAAGAGGAAGGUUCGAAUCUAGCCGUAAUAAGGUCCAAAAAAUUCUCCCCAGAGCCUUCUUUCAGUACUCAUGAUAGUCAGGAGAGCAGAUAUGAUUAUGCCAGAAGCUUACAAAGAAGAACCCAGGGCAAUAAUUUCACUAGCACUAAAUAUUACUUCUCAGCUGCUCCAAAAACUGAGGAUUUAGGAAAGAACUUAUACUGAGUAAAUGUUAAGAGUUACCUGAAUACCUCAGAAAAUGCUCACCAGAUGCACAAAAGAAUCGGCCAACAAAUCCGCAACUGGAAAUUUAAUAAAAAUAUCGCUUUAAAAGCCCAAAAAAGACCCAAAAUCUCUCUCAAGCCACUAAAUCCCAUCCUAUCACAGACAAAGCCCAAAGUCUUAACCUAAUCCCUCCUAAAAUUCUCUUCCCCACUUCUCUCCACUAAACUUCCUUUCUGCACAAUCCCUAUUCAACAGCCCCAAAAAUCCCACUGA